AUGGCGUUUAAUGAUCCAUAUUUUAUUAAUGUGUAUUGGUCGAGUAAGUUUGUUGUUGAGAACGGAAUCGUAAAUACUUUCAACAACUUGCCGGACGUUUCCAUUGUGAUCGAUCAUAGGUUAUCAUACUAUGAUUUGGUUGGAGUGAUUUAUGAAAGAGCGGGGUGGAAAAGAGGAAACGCGAAUCCGAAUCUCUCACUCUUGUAUGAUAGUAUUGGCAAUGGUUUUAGGCGUUAUGCCAAAAUUAAAGAUGACGCAUCAUUGCAAGUCUUGUACUUUAUUCCUAGUGUGUCAUCUAUUGAUUUGCAUGUUCAUUUGGAGAGGGUGAGUACUUACCGGUCCCAUCUAGAAGAAGGAACGAAGGAAUGA